AUGCUUUCGAGUAGCACGUCUCCCUUGCGCCGGUUGGCAGACAUUUUGAUUCGCGUAGAAGAUUUAGCUUUUGUUUUAUGCUGGGCAGAUGAAGGAGGCAAUGUUGCAGACAUCGAACUUCCUCGCCUGGGUUUACGCUUCAAGGCGAAUGCAAGAGGUGGCCUAGAGUGUUUGGGUUUCAGUGGCCUUUGUGUAGCAUGCGAAGAUUUAUCAGGACUUUCAUCCAGGGUUCAACAGUUGCUUGCCCAGUUCGGUGGAGCAGCUAUGCUUUUGAAGGGGCCUGACGGAGAACUUGGCGUUGUGUGCUCAGCACUCCAGCGACCACGCCGCCCUGGUGGAGGGCCAUAUCCUUUGGAGUGGGUGGCACCUUUAGUUUUUGACCGGAGCGAAACAACAAGCUCACACACUUCUCCAAGCACUCAGAAGCAGAAGUCUGGGCACUACUUCUUUGGGAUACAUCCUUCUCAUUGCUACGUUUCAGCUCAGGAUUUGGCAGCGGAGCUCUACCGCUUGACUUGUUGUUGGCUAAUGCAUCGUUAUGAUGAGGUGGUGCGUGCGGCAAGCUUUCUGGGCUGCGACAGCUUGACUGCAGAGGAGGAAGCGCUUUGGAAGCGCCUUGGCUCGGAGACGGCUCAUGAUCAGCACGUAGAUGCACACGCCUGCCGAUUGCAUCUCGCAGCAGCAUUGCAGCCUCUAGGCCUGGAGCCUCCAUGGUCCACAAGGAACGCCUACAUCCAGUUUAUACUGAAUCGUCAUCGUUGUUCCUCAAGCUGUGUACUUGCACCAGAGGUGGAGCUGCAGGUCAUGCAGAUGCUGCCAGAGCUUGACGGCAUCAGUUGGUUCUUGAGAAAUCGGAAACAAGUUCUCAAAGCACAAACUGGGGUCGUUGUUGCUCUAGAGCCACCUCCAUUGGCACCUGGUGAUGGCUAUGAAAUGAGAGUGUACAGCGAGACAUCAUCGGCUGGAACUUCUACGGGUUGGACCUACAGUUUUGCUGUGCCAGCGGAGGAGCAAUCUAAAACUGGCAUUACUGCCCUGAAUUUUAUCAACCAACAGCUUUCUGCAGGUCCACUUUCCGCGCAACUUCUUUUUGAGAUGCUCACCCGGGCAGUGAUAGUGCAGCCAUUCCCUGAAGAUCCUCCACAUUUGGUGGCAGCAUGCCUUGCCAGGGUGCAUGGCCCACCCUCUGGAGCUUUGGCAUUGCUUGCACGCGAUGAAGGUUUGGCAGACAGUUUGCCCAAACCGCCCAAGAAGCAGGCAUUGUUGCGAUCAGCGGCUGAGAAACGAUGGCUACAAGAGGUGAAUGCGAAGCUGGCAGCUGCCACUCCAUUGGCCAAGCCGCCAGCACCUGCAGCAGUUCCCAAAGAGGUACUAUUAAAGCAUGACGCACUUCGACUUUUGGCUUGGCCUCUUGUCCACACCUCCGAUUGUCAGACACGAUCUGUUUCUGGAAUUGCAUCUCUUCGAAUGCCUUUGCAGGAGAUUUGCCAGGGACUUCUCGCCCGUGUUCCUGUGCCUCAUGAGAUUCCUGCCUUUGCCUCGUGGGUCAUGAACAAAAUUCAGGCUGAUCGAAAAUGCACCUCGCGAGGAGCGCGAUGGGUCCAGCGGUUGCAGGACUCCUUGAACGAGCUCCAAAUGCCCUCACAGGCAUCAGCCUUGCGAUGUGGGCUCCAAGAGAUCACAGCAGCCCUUCAAAGGCAAUUAAACCACGACCGGCUCAAGGCGGCGGAGGCACUAGUCGCUGCAGAGGAGGCUGCAUCUUCUUUGGCAGAUGGCUACAAUCACAACAAUUCAGCGUUUCGUUCGUUACAGCUCGUGGCUGGUACAGCGCCACGCCUGGACUUUUUUGGCUUGGUUCGACUUUUCAUGGCAGACACCGGUUCUGAUAUGCUCACUGUGCUUGGAAUUGAUGACAACAAAACGUUCGCGCUGGUUGCAGACGCUUUGUUUCUGCAGGUUCGUGCGACACAGUGUGCUUCUGCUUUACGAUUGCUGCGGGAAGAGGACGGUAGAUCUCCAGAGAUGAAAGGCAAAGUUGUGGCUGAAGAGGUGGCCAAGGAACGUCACUUUAUCACUGCAGAUUCUUUUGGCAUCAAUUCAGCUUUGAUAGAUCCACGUUUGCUUGCGGUGGAGUUCGUGUGUGGCAUAAUGCUUCGGGAGCCUCAAGUCCAGGUGCUGAAGGCAUUUGUCGAUGGGAACGAGGAUGCAUGCGUUCAUCAAAUGUUGAUGGGAGGAGGAAAGACCUGUGUGGUUGCCCCCAUCGCAGCUGCUUUGCUAUCGACGCCAACACGCCUGUUUGUUGGCAUAGUACCGCCAAGUCUACUGACUUUUUCACGUCAACAGCUUAGAAGUCGACUGUGUAGCCCAUCUUUGGGGCUGCCAGUUCUUACCUUCGACUUUUCUCGAGAAACGAGGGUAUCUUCCCAGCUGCUGCUUCGCCUUGAGCAUGCCCGGAGAAGACGAAGCGUAAUUUGCGCUUCACCUCAGAGCAUCAAGUUCUUGCUUCUCAGAGUUGCAGAGCUUGCCGCCCAACAGAAUGCCUCCAAUGUUCCAGCUAGCUCUGGCAGGAUGCGGAGAUUUCUUAGCGAUGCGCUCAGGGCCAAGGCGCUUUGA